AGUCAUGUCAGCUGAGGGAGGAACUCCGACAACAGAAAAUCAACCAGGAAACAGAGGCUACCAAACUGAUCCACCGUUUCGAUCUGACGGCUAAACGGCGGCGUUAACAACAGGCAUCACACAACACAUUAGUACAGUGAUUUAUAUUUUGUAAUUAAGUUUGAUACAGAGCAGCGACAUGGCUUCCCUGUUCAAGAAGAAGACUGUCGACGACAUAAUCAAGGAGCAGAAUAAGGAGCUGCGCGGCACUCAGAGGCAGAUCACCCGAGACAGAGCAGCACUGGAGAAACAAGAGAAACAAAUGGAAGCAGAGAUCAAGAAAAUGGCAAAGAGCGGUAACAGGGAGGCUUGUAAGAUUCUUGCCAAGCAAUUAGUUCAGCUGAGGAAGCAGAAGACCCGGACAUAUGCUGUCAGCUCCAAGGUCACCUCCAUGUCUACGCAGACAAAGCUCAUGAACUCUCAAAUGAAGAUGGCCAAUGCCAUGUCUACCUCAGCCAAGACAAUGCAAGCAGUGAACAAAAAGAUGGAUCCACAGAAGACACUGAAGACCAUGCAGGACUUCCAGAAGGAGAACAUGAAGAUGGGCAUGACCGAGGACAUGAUCAACGACACUUUGGAUGAGAUCUUUGAAGAGUCUGGGGAUGAAGAAGAAUCUCAGGACAUUGUCAACCAGGUUCUGGAUGAGAUUGGCAUUGAGAUCUCAGGAAAGAUGGUGAGAGCUCCAGCUGCAGGAAAAAGUGUCCCCGGCGCUGCCGCUUCCUCCAAAGCCACCAUCUCUGAUGAUGAGAUCGAAAGACAGCUCCGAGCUCUGGGAGUCGAUUAGGUUUCUUCUUCGGGUUUAAUGUUCACAUUGUAAAGCAAUGCAGCAUUAAUACUGGCUGAUACAGAAACACUGGUUUUGUCAUGGUUCAAAUGCGCGCACACACACACAAACAUAGAUUCAAACACAUGCAGGCAGACAUGUAUAUUAACACAGACACAUUCUCACAUUCGCCUUACUGAUCAUUACGGCAGAACAUGUGAUCUAUUUAUGUGAAAAUAAUAUUUAUUGCAACAUUGGGGAGGCCACAUCUCAAAGGUGGACGAGCAGUUUCACCUCAAGAACUACUUACACUGUUGUUUACCACCCAUCUGUCUUUAUAAGGGCUACGAGUGUGUGAGAUUUUGGAAUUGGCUUUUCCCUUCUGGCGUUUUGAUCAGUCUUGAGUUAGUCCUGUUAUCGCUCCCUUUUUAUACAGUUGAAGAAGGAUGGUUUUUCUUCAGCAGGUUUUAAUGAAUAAAACAUGGUAAUUAAAAGCAGCUUUGGGAUUGUCAAUAAGCAGAUGGAACUUGUAUUUUUCCUACUCAGACUAUUUAUGUGCUAUCUUUAUUGCCAUUGGUAAAAUUAAAACCCAUCUAAUCCACUUUCUCUGAGGCAACUUAUCCAUGUUAAGACACUUUAUUUUAUUUUUUUUUUGUCAGAUUUGCAAUGUUUUAUAGAUAAAAUGCCUCUGUUUGAUUUCUUUGUCAUUCUGAGGAAUUAGAGAUAAGACACUGAUACUUAAUCAUGCUGACUAUCUAAAUCAUUUCCAUGUUUUUUAAAAAGAUUUUUAGGUUUGCCACUAUAGGUACUGCAGACACACAUAUGUAUGUGAAACAUCUAACUAAUACCUUCGGGCUAUGGUCAGGCUUUCAAUUUACAUGCAUGAGACGGAUUGAACUGAGAACAAACUGGCUUGCGUGUUUCUGAUGCUGUACAGAUUAAAAACUUAAACAUACUUUAGGACUGAUGAAAGACUGGCAUGUUAAAGAGUUUUAAAUCAAUUUUUAAUGACAGACGCAUCUGGAUUGAUGUUUGAUUUACACAGAGAUUGUAGGAUGGCACUGGUCCUGCAGUCCCUCUACUCUUUCAGCUGCUGUGCAGUUACUGUCGUUUGUUAUUUUGAGCUCGGAAAUACACACACUAAAGCAACAAAAUGAUGGAAGUGUUUGCUAAUAUAACACUGUGAUUUAAGAGAUUUGCUUUCGUCUGCAGUCGAAGUCGGUUUUUCUUUACAGCGAUUUGUCAACGUCAGCCAGUUGAGGCUUCAUGAGUGACAGCCAUAUCUGCUCAUAAGCAAUGUUUUCUUUUUUGUGCCCCUUUUUUUUUUUUCUUCAUGUUUAGAUUCCUGUUGCUAAAGUAAAGUGAAGAAGAUUCAUCCUUGCAUAUGUCUGAAAUGUAAAAUUCAUAAUUCUUUGAAUUUUUGCAAAACUUUUGUUCCUCUGCCUUAUAUCAUUCUGUUGUGAUUGCGAGCAGAAUCAGUUAACAGAUUUUGGCACGUUUUGAGUGCAGUUCCAUGUUAGGAUAUUUCCAUGCAUAUUAAAAGGUGUAUGUAUACUCAUUUCUGUUUCCUUCUUAUUGUAAAGUGACUCUGUAAAGGGUGGAUCGCUUUUAUAAGGAAUAAAGUUUCCUCAGGUACGA